GAUACUAGACACAUGUUGAACUGCUGCUGGAAGAAAUGCUAGCUACGAGAGAGGCUUUAACCGGUUUUCUCACACACACGAAUUGAGCUCCCGGGCCCAGCCAUGUUCGGCACAGAGUCCUCAUUAAGCAUGUUUCUCAACACCCUGACGCCCAAGUUUUACGUGGCUCUGACGGGCACUUCCUCCCUCAUAUCAGGACUCAUAUUGAUCUUUGAGUGGUGGUAUUUCAGGAAAUAUGGGACCUCCUUCAUAGAGCAGGUGUCUGUGAGCCACCUGCGCCCCCUGCUGGGCGGAGUGGACAGCAGCUCCCCCAGCAACUCCAACACCAGUAACGGGGAGGCUGACUCCAAUCGGCAAAGUGUUUCUGAAUGUAAAGUGUGGAGAAAUCCGCUGAAUUUAUUCCGCGGAGCCGAAUAUAAUCGAUAUACGUGGGUAACGGGUCGAGAGCCGCUGACGUACUACGACAUGAACUUGUCGGCGCAGGACCACCAGACCUUCUUUACCUGCGACUCAGAUCACCUCCGGCCCGCCGACGCCAUCAUGCAGAAGGCGUGGAGAGAGAGGAACCCGCAGGCUCGCAUCUCUGCAGCACAUGAAGCUCUGGAGCUUGAAGAUUGUGCGACAGCAUACAUCCUCCUGGCGGAGGAGGAGGCCACCACCAUCAUGGAGGCCGAGCGUUUGUUUAAACAGGCACUAAAAGCUGGAGAGAGCUGUUACCGGCGCAGCCAGCAGCUCCAGCACCACGGUACACAGUACGAAGCCCAGCACAGAAGAGACACUAAUGUGUUGGUGUAUAUAAAGAGAAGACUGGCCAUGUGCUCCAGAAAGCUCGGCCGAACACGAGAAGCAGUAAAAAUGAUGAGAGAUUUGUGUGUUUUCCAGUUAAUGAAGGAGUUCCCUCUCCUCAGUAUGUUCAACAUCCACGAGAACCUGCUGGAGUCGCUACUAGAGCUCCAGAACUACGCUGACGUGCAGGCCGUUCUGGCCAAGUACGACGAUAUUAGCUUACCCAAAUCUGCAACAAUAUGCUACACAGCAGCCUUGCUCAAAGCGAGGGCGGUAUCCGACAAGUUCUCUCCAGAGGCAGCGUCCAGGCGAGGGCUGAGCACAGCAGAGAUGAACGCAGUAGAAGCCAUCCACAGAGCGGUGGAGUUCAACCCUCACGUCCCCAAAUAUCUGCUGGAGAUGAAGAGUCUGAUUCUUCCUCCAGAACACAUCUUGAAGAGAGGCGACAGCGAGGCCAUCGCCUACGCCUUCUUCCACUUGCAGCACUGGAAAAGGGUGGAGGGGGCGCUCAACCUGCUGCACUGCACCUGGGAGGGCACGUUCAGAAUGAUCCCGUAUCCUCUGGAGAAGGGUCACCUGUUCUACCCUUACCCCAUCUGCACAGAGACGGCCGACAGAGAGCUGCUACCCACAGUGUUUCACGAGGUGUCAGUCUACCCAAAGAAGGAGCUGCCCUUCUUCAUCCUCUUCACAGCCGGUCUCUGCUCCUUCACCGCCAUGUUGGCUCUGCUCACACACCAGUUCCCUGAGCUCAUGGGAGUGUUUGCUAAAGCUUUCCUCAGCACGCUGUUUGCUCCUCUCAACUUCAUCAUGGAGAAGGUGGAGAGCAUCCUGCCGUCCAGCCUCUGGCACCAGCUCACCCGCAUCUGACCCCGAUUCCGACCGCACCCAGGAGCAGAGAACCAGAACCAAGAACCAAGAACCGGGAGCCGACCUCCACCCAGACAGAAACAGCUGAACUGAAACCCAGAACGCUGCAUUGGACUGAACUGACACACUUUUGUGCCAAGAGUCGAAACCAAACAGGCGACAGGAGGAGGCGCGACACGCAAAGACAGCAAAACAGAGGAAUCCAGAAUCGGUUUUGACUUUAUUUGAUAGGUUUGCAUUUUUUUUUUUGUUUUUUUUUUUGUUUUUCAAUCAUUUCAAGCUGUUCUUUUGUUUUUCAAAAGAAAGUGAUAAAUUGCCAAACCACACAGAAUAGACGGCGACGACAGGAGGAGGCGUCAGACACAAAGAAAGCAAAACAGAGGAAUCCAGAAUCGGUUUUGACUUUAUUUGAUAUGUUUGCAUUUUUUGGGUUUUCAAUCA